AUGGAGAAAGACGAGGUGGUGGUGCACCUGGAUGCUGCCACAGCCCUGGAGCCCACGCUGGGCGGGGACGAGGUGCGCGUAGAGGCUGUAGCGGUGGGCGUCAACUACGCCGAUGUGUGCGUCCGAAUGGGCCUCUACGCCUCUGCCGCCCGCUACGUUGGCUGGCCCAUCACCCCUGGGCGUACACGUGAUGCUCCGAAGCUCAUCUGCAGCGUUGAUGAUUGCGGAGAACAGUUCGCGGGCAGGGUUGUGGCGGUGGGAGCGGAGGUCACGGAGCGCAAGGUGGGCGAGUGCGUGGUGGGCGUCACGCGCUUCGGGGCCUACUCCUCGCACAUCACGGUGCCGCAGGACCAGCUCUUCCCCAUCCCCUCUGGUUUCUCGUUCACGCAGAUGGCGGGCGUGCCCUCGGUUUUCCUCACCGCCUACUACGCCAUGUUCGAAUUGGUGCACCCACAUUCGUGGCAGACGCUCCUCGUUCACUCGGCCGCCGGCGGCGUGGGAAGUUCGCUGGUGCAGCUCGGCAAGAAGAUCGCGGGGUGCAAGGUGGUUGGUGUUGUGGGCUCCUCGCACAAGGUGCAGACCGUAUACGACCUCGGAGCCGACCACGUCAUCGACAAGAGCAAAGAAAACCUCUGGGAGAAAGCGCGCGAGUACUCGCCAGAGGGCUACGACGCGGUCUUUGACGCGAAUGGCGUGGAAACCCUCAAGGAGUCCUACAACCACCUCUCCUGCGGUGGCAAGUUGGUGAUCUAUGGCUUCCACACAAUGCUUCCAAAGCAGGGCGGAAAGCCCAACUGGCUCAAGCUCGCCCGCGACUGGCUCUGGACACCCUCGUUUGAUCCACUGAAAAUGACAGAGGAGAACAAGUCAGUGCUGGCAUUCAACCUGAGCUUCAUGUUUGACAAGAAGGCAAUUCUGGCAGACAUGUUCCGCCAGCUGCUGGCAUGGCUCAAAGAAGGGCGGCUUGUGGUCCCACCCAUCACAGCCUUCCCCAUUGAGCAAGUGGCAGAUGCCCACAAGCUCAUUGAAUCUGGCAAGUCUGUUGGUAGCUCUCUGUUCCUGCACAAGAUGUUUGCUGGAGUGCACUUGGCUGACACAAUCCCCAAAUACCCCAGGCAAGAUUGUGCUCACUACACAGUUCUACAAUGA